UUGUUAAUUAAUUCUAAAGUCAAUGAAAGUUUGGUGUUUUUUUGGUCAGCCCAAAAGUUCAUGUUUUUUUUGGCAAUUCGUGCAAAGUUCAGGUUUUUUUUGGCCGAAUUAAACAACAAGUUAGAUGUUUAUUUCUAUAACAUUAAUGUAUUUUAUCGGUUUGAGAAUUUUUUUAAUAAGAUAUUUUUGCUUUUUUUACCUAGAAAAGAUUGACAAAAAAAAAAUAGAAACGAAAAUUUAUGUUCAGGACAGGUGUAAUAAUAGAUCAGGGAGAUGACAACACGUAAUGAUCGUAGAAGAGAUUAGACCCCAAAGUUCAUGGGAUUAGAUAGACUGAAACACUCCUGACUCCUCCUUUUGAGGUUUUCACUUUGCAUUUAUUAAUCUUUGUUCUCUAAAUGCAAAUCAAUUCCCUGUAAAUCUAUAAAUACUCAGAAUUUAUUAUUGCACAGCAGAAAAAAAAUUAAAUUCCUAUUUUUGCUAUAAAUUAACAAUCUCAUUUAAUGUCCACGAGAUUCGCGUUCAGACAAUGCUGAUAUUUCUUAUCACACAAAAAUUAUUUUCAUUAUAAAUUUAUCAGAACUUAUACCAUAACUUAAAAAGACGUACUCAGUAGCCUAUGUGGAUAACUUAUUCGUUUGAGUUAUGUAAAGGACACUACAGAGAAAUAUAUACAUUUCUCCAGCUGCUGCAAAGAGUUUCGUUCAAAUUAUAACGGUCUACACCAUAUUGCCCGAUUCAAAGAGACAAUUACAGAAGUAAAACUAUUAAAAACGUAAGAGAUAAAUUUAAAAAUAAAAAUGUAUUAAUAAAAAGAAGAGAACACAAUAAAAACCCUAAUCAUUUUAUAACUUAACGUGUCAAAUGACAAAGGGUCAUAAUCAGUAUACAGAGAAAAAAGAAUGUCGAUGAAAGAUAAAAAAAGCUUGACUUGUUUAGUCACAACUGUCAAUUUUCCAGCAAGACACAUAUCUUCUUUAUAUAAUACUUACAUAUACAUACGUACUUUAUUGCAAUAAACAGAUAUAUAAAAUAAGAAUAUUUCAAAAAGUUUUAAUUUAUUUUCUAGAUUCUUUACUGUUGUAUAUAUAGAAGCUGCUCGAGUGGUCAUUUUAACAAUAAAGCAACCUCCUCAAAAAAAGAGUAAAGAAAGAGAAUAUGGAUCCUGAAGGUUUCACGAGUGGCUUAUUCCGAUGGAACCCAACGAGAGCAAUGGUUCAACAACCACCACCUCCGGUUCCUCCUCCACCGCAGCAACAACCCCCCGCAACACCGCAGACGGCAGCGUUUGGAAUGAGACUAGGUGGGUUGGAGGGUUUGUUCGGUCCUUACGGUGUACGUUUUUACACGGCGGCGAAGAUAGCCGAGCUAGGUUUCACGGCGAGCACGCUUGUGGGCAUGAAGGACGAGGAGCUUGAGGAUAUGAUGAAUAGCCUCUCUCAUAUCUUUCGUUGGGAGCUCCUCGUGGGUGAACGGUACGGUGUCAAAGCCGCCGUGAGAGCUGAACGGAGACGGUUGCUAGAAGAGGAAGAGCAGGAGUCUUCUAGACGCCGUCAUUUGAUACUCUCCGCCGCAGGUGAUUCCGGCACUCAUCACGCUCUUGAUGCACUCUCUCAAGAAGAUGAUUGGACAGGGUUAUCAGAGGAGCCAGUGCAUCAGCUAGAACAUACCGAUGCGGCGGGGAACAACGGCGGAGGAGGAGGCUAUUGGGACGCAGGGCAGGCAAAGAUGAAGAAGCCACAGCAAAGACGCAGAAAGAAACAGAUGGUGACGUCAGUGGAAACCGAUGAUGACAUGAACGAAGGUGAUGAUGACGAUGACGGUAACGGAGGAGGAGGUGGUGGUGUGUUGGGGAUUGAGAGACAGAGAGAGCAUCCGUUCAUCGUAACGGAGCCAGGGGAAGUGGCACGUGGCAAAAAGAACGGUUUGGAUUAUCUUUUCCACUUGUACGAACAAUGUCGCGAGUUUCUUAUUCAAGUUCAGACCAUUGCUAAAGACCGUGGCGAAAAAUGCCCCACCAAGGUGACGAACCAAGUAUUCAGAUACGCCAAGAAGUCCGGAGCGAGUUACAUAAACAAGCCGAAGAUGCGACACUACGUUCAUUGCUACGCACUCCACUGCCUAGACGAAGAAGCUUCAAACGCUCUACGAAGAGCGUUUAAAGAACGCGGCGAGAACGUUGGGUCGUGGCGUCAGGCAUGUUACAAGCCGCUAGUGAACAUAGCUUGUCGUCAUGGCUGGGACAUAGACGCAGUUUUCAACGCUCACCCUCGUCUCUCCAUUUGGUAUGUCCCCACUAAGCUGCGUCAGCUCUGCCAUUUGGAGCGGAGCAAUGCGGUUGCUGCGGCUUCAGCUUUGGUUGGGAACGGUAUUAGCUGCACUGGAUCGUCCGCGUCUGGCGGUUUGGGGUUUAAUUAGUUGGGUUAUUGUUUGUUUGUUUAGUUUCUUGUUCGUUUUCUUAGUUAAUUAUUAGG